ACAUUGUAAAUUCAGAUGUAUUACUUUAAUAAAGUUGACUUACAGUGGACUCGUAUUUGUUUACAUGUUACAGAUUUUCAAGCCAGAGAAGGCAGAGUAAUAUUUUUAGUGAUGAGUCAGAUAUUUUGGAUGAAUAUCUUCAGAGCUGAGACAUGUCAUCGAUCAGAAUAUCUCUCUGUACAGAAUGAGUGCUGUCCUAUGUGUCCACCUGGAAAUCGAGUGAGAACGGACUGCACGGAGUACAGAAGCACUUCAUGUCAACCCUGCUAUGAAGGAACCUACAUGAAUCAACUUAAUGGACUGAGAAACUGUCUUACAUGUACAAACUGUGGUGCAGGUUCUGGUUUGAAGAUACACACAGCAUGUACAACAACAUCAGAUACAGUUUGUGAACCACUGGAGGGUUUCUACUGUCUGGACCCUCCAGGAAGCGGCUGUAUGACAGCACGGGAACACACAACAUGUAAACCAGGACAAUACAUCAGUCAAAAAGGGACAGCAUUCAAAGACACCGUGUGCUCUGAGUGCAGUGAUGGAACAUAUUCAAAUGGAACAUUGACAUCUUGUCGGACACACACACAAUGUGAAUCACUGCAGCUUCAGCUGAUAAAACCAGGAACUGCUUCAACUGAUGCUGAAUGUGGAGAACAAAGUUCAAACACAAUGACUGUGGUCGGUGUAGUGGUCGGUGUAGUGGUCGGAGUUGUGCUGCUUUUUUUAUGUGGAGCAGCUAUAUUGGUCUAUCUCAUAAAGAAGAAAAAAGGAAAAGACAAAAAAAGAACUCCAGACAGUCACACAAUGGAACUGCAGCCAGAAGAGGUUUCAUUAAAGCAGACAGAUGGAGAUCAGUAGCAGGUAAGACAUCAGUGUGAUCUUCACUCACUGACUGAGCUACUCUGUGAUGUCUUUACAAAUAAAUGAUGUCUUUUAAAUAAAUAUAUUUCUCUCCUCAGGAUCCAGCAGUUCAUAUAUAAACAUGACAACCCUUUUUCAGACACUGCAGAGUAAAUGUUUUCUAGAAUCCAGUUACAGUCAUAUUGGAUGCUGGGACAUUGUCUUUGCAGUGUAUAGAAAUUAAAUGAGUGGAGCUGAAUUAUGAACUGAAUACCUUCCACAGCACUGGUUCACAACCUUUUUCCUUCAGGGCAUCCUUUUCUGUCAUUAAGUAAACUCAUGACCCCUGAUUAAGAGACAUAUUUAAUGGAUAUUUCAUCCAUUUCUGUAAAUAUUUGUUCAGAUUAUUUCCUGUAAAUAUUUGUUCAGAUUAUUUUCAUUGAAUAUUUGUACAGAUUAUUUCCAGUAAAUGUUCGUUCAGAUUA